GGGGUGUGGAGAGGCGAGGCCAGGCAGAGCCCCGCGCAGCCAUGGAGUCUCUCCUGCUGCCGGUGCUACUGCUGCUGGCGGUACUGUGGACUCAGGCGGCUGCCCUUAUUAACCUUAAGUACUCAGUGGAAGAGGAGCAGCGCGCCGGGACAGUGAUCGCCAACGUGGCCAAGGACGCGCGGGAGGCGGGCUUCGCGUUGGACCCUAGGCAGGCUUCUGCCUUCCGCGUGGUGUCCAACUCGGCUCCGCACCUGGUGGACAUCAACCCCAGUUCUGGCCUUCUGGUCACCAAGCAGAAGAUCGACCGCGACCUGCUGUGCCGCCAGAGCCCUAAGUGCAUCAUCUCGCUGGAAGUUAUGUCCAGCUCAAUGGAGAUCUGUGUGAUUAAGGUGGAGAUUAAAGACCUGAACGACAAUGCACCCAGUUUCCCGGCAGCACAGAUUGAGCUGGAGAUCUCUGAAGCGGCCAGUCCUGGCACGCGUAUCCCACUGGAUAGCGCCUAUGAUCCGGACUCAGGCAGUUUUGGCGUGCAGACGUACGAGCUCACGCCCAACGAGCUGUUUGGCCUGGAGAUCAAGACGCGCGGCGACGGUUCACGCUUUGCAGAACUCGUGGUGGAGAAGAGCUUGGACCGAGAGACACAGUCACACUACAGCUUCCGAAUCACUGCGCUAGACGGUGGAGACCCUCCUCAUUUGGGCACCGUUGGCCUCAGUAUCAAGGUGACUGAUUCCAAUGACAACAACCCAGUGUUUGGCGAGUCCACCUACGCUGUGAGCGUGCCUGAGAACUCACCUCCCAACACACCAGUCAUUCGUCUCAAUGCCAGCGAUCCAGAUGAGGGCACUAAUGGCCAGGUGGUCUACUCCUUCUAUGGCUAUGUAAACGACCGCACAAGAGAACUCUUCCAAAUUGAUCCCCACAGUGGCCUGGUCACUGUCACUGGCGUCCUCGACUAUGAAGAGGGCCAUGUGUACGAGCUGGACGUACAAGCCAAGGACCUUGGGCCCAACUCUAUUCCUGCACACUGCAAGGUCACGGUCAGCGUGCUGGACACCAAUGACAACCCUCCCGUUAUCAACUUGCUGUCGGUCAAUAGUGAGCUUGUGGAGGUGAGCGAGAGCGCCCCCCCAGGCUACGUGAUUGCCCUGGUUCGGGUGUCUGAUCGCGACUCAGGUCUCAAUGGACGUGUGCAGUGCCGUUUGCUGGGUAACGUGCCCUUUCGGCUGCAGGAGUAUGAGAGCUUCUCCACUAUUCUGGUGGAUGGACGGCUGGAUCGUGAGCAGCACGACCAGUACAAUCUUACAAUUCAAGCCCGAGACAGCGGCGUGCCCAUGCUGCAAAGUGCCAAAUCCUUUACAGUGCGCAUCACUGAUGAGAAUGACAAUCACCCUCACUUCUCUAAGCCCUAUUAUCAGGUCAUUGUGCAGGAGAACAACACUCCUGGCGCCUAUCUGCUGUCUGUGUCCGCCCGCGACCCUGACUUGGGUCUCAAUGGCAGUGUCACCUACCAGAUUGUGCCCUCACAGGUGCGAGACAUGCCUGUCUUCACCUAUGUCUCCAUCAAUCCCAACUCGGGUGAUAUCUAUGCACUGAGAUCCUUCAACCAUGAACAGACCAAGGCAUUCGAAUUCAAGGUGCUGGCCAAAGAUGGAGGCCUGCCCUCCCUGCAAAGCAAUGCCACUGUGCGGGUCAUCAUCUUGGAUGUCAAUGACAAUACUCCUGUCAUCACAGCCCCUCCCCUGAUCAACGGGACGGCUGAGGUUUACAUUCCCCGUAACUCUGGCAUAGGCUACUUGGUGACUGUUGUUAAGGCAGACGACUAUGAUGAGGGAGAAAAUGGUCGAGUCACCUAUGACAUGACAGAGGGUGACCGUGGGUUCUUUGAAAUAGAUCAGGUAAAUGGAGAAGUCAGGACCACUCGCACCUUUAAUGAGAACUCCAAGGCUUCCUAUGAGCUAAUUGUUGUGGCUCACGACCAUGGCAAGACUUCUCUCUCUGCCUCUGCUCUUGUUCUAAUCUAUCUGUCCCCAGCUCUUGAUGCUCAAGAGUCAAUGGGCUCUGUGAACCUGUCCCUAAUUUUCAUUAUCGCUCUGGGCUCCAUUGCGGGCAUCCUUUUUGUCACUAUGAUCUUCGUGGCAAUCAAAUGCAAGCGCGACAACAAAGAGAUCCGGACCUACAAUUGCAGUAAUUGUUUAACCAUCACUUGUCUCCUCGGCUGUUUUAUAAAAGGACAAAACAGCAAGUGUCUGCAUUGCAUCUCGGUUUCUCCCAUUAGAGAGGAGCAAGACAAAAAGGCAGAGGAGAAAGUGAGCCUAAGGGGAAAGAGAAUCGCUGAGUACUCCUAUGGGCAUCAAAAGAAAUCAAGUAAGAAGAAAAAAAUUAGUAAGAAUGACAUCCGCCUGGUACCCCGGGAUGUGGAGGAGACAGACAAGAUGAACGUUGUCAGUUGCUCCUCCCUUACUUCAUCCCUCAACUAUUUCGACUACCACCAGCAGACGCUGCCCCUGGGAUGCCGCCGCUCUGAGAGCACUUUUCUGAAUGUGGAGAAUCAGAAUACUCGUAAUACCAGUGCCAACCACAUCUAUCAUCACUCUUUCAACAGCCAGGGCCCCCAGCAGCCAGAUCUGAUCAUCAAUGGUGUGCCUCUGCCUGAGACUGAAAACUAUUCUUUUGACUCCAACUAUGUGAACAGCCGAGCCCAUUUAAUCAAAAGCAGCUCUACCUUCAAGGACCUGGAGGGCAACAGCCUGAAGGACAGUGGACAUGAGGAGAGUGACCAGACUGACAGUGAGCAUGAUGUCCAGAGGAGCCUGUACUGUGAUACUGCUGUCAAUGAUGUGCUGAACACCAGUGUGACCUCUAUGGGAUCUCAGAUGCCUGAACAUGAUCAGAAUGAAGGAUUUCACUGCAGGGAAGAAUGCCGGAUUCUUGGCCACUCUGAUAGAUGCUGGAUGCCCCGGAACCCUAUGCCCACCCGCUCCAAGUCCCCCGAGCACGUGAGGAACAUCAUUGCACUGUCCAUUGAAGCUACUGCUGCUGAUGUUGAGGCUUAUGACGACUGCGCCCCCACCAAGCGGACUUUCGCAACUUUUGGGAAAGAUGUGAGCGACCAUCCAGCUGAGGAGAGGCCCACCCUGAAAGGCAAGAGGACUGUCGAUGUGACCGUCUGCAGCCCGAAAGUCAACAGCGCUAUCCGGGAGGCAGGCAAUGGCUGUGAGGCUAUUAGCCCCGUCACCUCCCCGCUCCAUCUCAAGAGCCCUCUGCCCACCAAGCCUUCUGUGUCUUACACCGUUGCCCUGGCUCCCCAGGCCCGGGAUCUGGAGCAGUAUGUCAACAAUGGCGCUUCUCGUCCUACUGAAGCUGAGCCUCGCGGAGCCGACAGCGCCAAAGUAAUGGCUGAGGUCAACCCUAUUCUGAAGGAGGGUCGCGACAAAGAGUCCCCUGGCGUGAAGCGUCUGAAGGAUAUCGUGCUCUAAAUCAGUCUCGGGGGAAGAAGAGAAAGAAACCACGCUAGCUAGUAAAGAUGCAGGAGCUGCUCCAUUUAAUUGGUCACCAAUGGUUGGUUCUUGAGUGGCUGUAAUUUCAGAGCUUUCCCUAAAUGUGUUGUUUAUAAAUGACUAUCAUUCUGUGACAAUCCCUCUCGUUUCAACAAGCAGCAGGGGUGUUCCAUGGGAGCAAAUUAGCUUUGGAUUGAGUUGUUCAUGGGGCCUUGAUGUUGGGAAAACAGAGACAAAUUCAGUUGUGAAAAGUAUUAUGUAUUAAGUGUUUGGAUUUAUAUAUUUUUAUAUGUCAAAAUGAUAAUAUAAAUUACCAUUGUUUGUGGAGAAUUACAUUUAACAAAAAAGCAUAAAGCAAAAAAAAAAAAAAAAAAGAAGCUCUGGACACCUUUAAUAAGCUCGCCACUGUUUUUUUGUAGUGUAGACAAAUUAAUGAUCAUUUAUUGUGUACUAUUCAUUGAUUCAGUGAUGUGAAAUUGAGCCCCCAAAAGGUUGUUUCUGAAGCUCGAGUACUUUCCAGUGCCGCUAUUUUGCUGUGGACGCCCCUGCUUUAAGAACCCUUUUGCUAGCUGUGCUAUUGUUGUAUUUGAUAUUGCAAAUUGCUAUGUGUGUGGUGAUGGCAAAAGGCUUUUAAAGGUUGAUAUUUUUUUCUUAAAAAAAUUUAAAAAAGAUAAAAACAAAAUGCAAACAACUGAGACAGCAAAUGAAUGAGCAACACCACACAUAUAGAUUGAGUACUUGGAGGCUACUCAUGUUUUUAACCCAUGUAGUGAUUGCUCACCACCUUGCAAAGUAUUUUUCCUGCCUUUCAGUCUUCUGCCCAGGUCCAUGAUAGAUCAUUCAGAAAGUCAUUUUUGGAUAUGCUGCUAUCUAAUUUGCAGUUGUCAGAAAUACUGUGCUGAAAGUUUUAUGAGAUCCAUUAUUUUUCACUAAUUUUCAGACCCUGAUCAGGAAAGUUGCCUCUGAAGUUACCAGUUUUCAGGCUGAGAAAUUCCCUGUCUCUAAUCAUCUGACUCAAAAUGGCUGAACCUAUUUUGAGAUGGAAAUUAGCAUAUCUUUAGACACAUACUUCCUGAUUCCGUGUUUCCAAAUCAUGAUUGGAAUUACACUGUGUCAUGGGCUGGAAUGGAGAACUCCAUAUUGCUAUGCAUCUUAGGCUUAUAAAUAGGGACAGAGUAGACAGUACAAAGUGUACAUUUAAGAAAAAACAGGUAAUAGGUAACAGCAUCACUAAUCCAAUUACUGUGCCUUCUAAAUGGAGACACUUGGACACUUGAACUUGCCUUUUUAUCACUAAUACUUUUUGAUUAAAAAUGUGAACAAGAAAUUAUUAAAAGAAAAAUCCUUUAGAUUUAGCUAUCUCUUUUUUCUAUAGGCUAAGGAUAUAUAUUAUUAUUUUUGUUGUUUUAACAUUGCUCUGAUUCCCCAUUUAUUGUCUGUCUAUUAUUACUAGCCAACACAGUAUUCUUGCAGCCUAAGGAUUCAUUAUUUAAAAAUAACAUGUCGCCUUUGCUCUGCCUUGGUUUUAAAAGAGUUGUCUCUAGAGAAGUAUGUUUUGUGAUUCUUUUCUCAUGUUUCAGUUUUGAAAUUCAAGUGUACAUAGACAGAAGGACUAGAGAGGUUAGAGCACUAGAAUGCAACAGAGAAUUUAUUUUUUAAGUUUAGGUAGAUGUGGUCAGGUCUUUCAAACAUUUUAGUUAUUUUUGUCUGAAUUCCUAGCUUUAUCCAUUACUAUGCAUUAGGAAUAUUUUCUUUUAGGAGAGGGGGAAAGAAUUUAAGGGAGCGGGUGGGCAAGGCAAUUGUGAUAGAAUUAGGUAGGGAGAAGAUUUAUAAUAGAGAACCUAUAACAAAGUUACAAAUCCAUGCUGAUUUGUUAUUAUGUGCUGAAUACUACCUCAUGCAAUAUAUUGGUAUGACUGAAAAUUUCCCUGUGAAACUGACAAAAUUAGAGAUCAAUUACUGUAACAUCUUCAUUUGCCUCAUUUAUUUAUCUCUCAUAUACUUUCUGCUCUUGUAAUUAAUUUCAUUUUGGUAGUAGAUUCUGAGUUAAGUAUUUAUAUUUUUUUUCUUUUCAGGUGACUACUUGAUUGACACAUUAUUUUUUUAAAUAUCCUUUAAUUAUUAUGCCUGCCUAUAGAAUUUAGACUGAUCCUUACCCUGAUCCAUCCUGGUAGAAUUAUUUUGUUAGUUACCACCUCAAAGUCACUUUGUAUUCAGACUGGACAGUUUUCUAUGAAUGCAUUUCUUACUAUGCUCAGUGGAAAAAAAAUGGAGCUGGAAAGAUUGUGGGAAGUGAAAACAUUGUUAUGUGGCUGUUGAGCCAUUGAGGCCACUGGCUGUCAGUACUCUUACCAGCCAAGUUUACAAUGGUUAGAGUAGCAGUGGCAUUGAUUCUGCUGAUUCUUCUUCUUCUCCUCCUCCUCCUCCUCCUCCUCCUCCUCCUCCUCCUUCUUUUUUACUCAGAUUCUUUUCUUGGUUUUUAUUCCCAGAAUUCAGUUUCAGUCUAUAGUCUCAUCCUGUUUCCCUAUCCAAAUACUUUAUUCUCUGUGGGCAGUCAGAAAUUUUUAUUUUGGCUUUCAAACUCACUACUGAGUAUAUUCAGAGAAAAUUCUUCUCAUUAAGGAAAUAGCUCUUCCCCCUGCAAUUGUCUGAUGUAUGUAUCCUCCCAAAAGUGCAAGUGUAUCCUAGGAGGGCUUUGUAAGCUGGUUUUAUAGGCAGGCUGUGCCUAAAAGUAGGAGUUUUGUGCAAGGAUCCUAAAUUUCCCCUUGGCUCAUGAUGUUUCUCCUCCUUUUUAACAUGUGUGAUGAAAAGCUGCAAGGGCCAGAGGGCCAACUAUUCUUUCUUUUCCUUCUGAAAACAUGUUACAAACUUAAACAUGAGGGAACAAUUUUAGGGAGUUCUAUUUUAUUUACUCAGUUGUCCAUUGGUUUUGUAGUGGGACAUACUUAACUACCAACUGUUUUCAGCAAUUCCCUUGGCAAGUAAACAUCUGCGUACCAUAUAAGGAGUCUAGCUUGCAUUGAUUGCUUUCUCUCACGUAUUGGAACAUACUGUCCAAUAAGAAAUAGGAAGAAGAGAUCCAUAAUGUGUAUACUUUUCUUUUCCUUAUGCUGACUACUAAAUGAGCCUAUGCAGAAUACACUUUAAUAUUCCUUUGAUCUUUGAAAGCCAGUAGACUAAACAAUGGUCCCUCUUAUUACUGAAACAGAUAAUGAACAAGGAAUCCUAUAGUUCACACAGAAUAUUGGUUCUCAAAAUUUAGUUCCUGGAGCAGCAUCAAAAAUCCAACUUGGGGAUUUCUUAGAAGUGCUAAUUUUCUGUACCUGUGUACUCCAACUGUAUGGGGAACCCAGCAAACCUUAACAACCAGCUGCUCACUAGUUUGAGGACUUUUAAAAGCACAGGUUGAUAGGGCUCUACCCUUAAUGUUUUUCCUUCAGUUGUUCUGGGGUGGGGCCUCUUUUCCUAUGUAUAAAUCCUCAGGAGAUACUGACAAGAACACUUCAAGUGUGGCUGCUCCAGAGGAAACUUGCUUAAUAGGACAAAUUGCAUCUAACAUGACCAUUUAUACACAUUUGUUGACAUGGUGACCCACUGAUCACUAAUGAAAAAUACAACUCUGAACUCUGCAAAUUGGAACCACCGAGAGAAUCUUCCUGAUAGUGUAACUUCAUCAUACUAUGGACUAUUAGAGGGGAAUUCAGAUGACUUUUUCUUGUCCUUCUUCUGUAUCACUAAAAAGCAAAACAAAAGUGGUUCACUUGAAGUAGCAAAGACAAGGCACAGUUUAAAGAAAGGCAGAGUGAAGGAGAGAGUUUGAUUGGGCAUCUGACAUGGAAAAAGGUUUAUGACUGUACAUAAUAGCAGUUCUGGCUGGAAUUCUACUUUGUGGGGAUCAUUUUGAUGUUGAAUCUCCUCAAGGCAUUUUGACAAGUCUGGUCCACUCGGCUCUUUAUCCAGGAUAAUAAGUCCCCAUCUGACUUUGCAAAGCUGGCAUAAAUGAGCUGAAGAAGUCCAUUGUAUACAGCCCUAGUGUUUGCCUUCUUGGUAAAAUUACAUUUAAGGAUGUCAUUUCAUGAGUCAAAUUGUAUCUGCUGACACUGAAGUGUAUUGAGAUGUUGUUCUUUAGUUUAAGUAUGUAUCAAAGUAAUAUUCAAAGGGGAUGUAUGGGGGUGGGGCUGGGACUGGGUGGCUUUAUAUUGAUAAUGAAAUAUUCCAGAGCAAAACACAUUGUCCUAAUGAAGCUGUUGCAGCUCUCUUUGUUUUCUUGUGAGGCUGGAAUUGGCCUGUGGGUCACUUGUUGUGCAAAAGUGAAUUAAUUUCAAGUAGGAGUCACAUUACUUUUGUAAAACAAACAAAAAAAUUAACCACCUUGUCUGAAAUAUGUAUUGUAAGGUGCUCUUGGUAAAGAAAACUCCAGAAAUACCUGAUCUUGAUUGGAAAACAUUGUAGGUCAUUAAGGAAACUGAUGAUACUGACUGUUGCUCCAGCUGUGUUGGCAAUUAAAGAUGACCUUGUUACUAACUGAAGGUUGCUGUCAACUUAGCAAACAGACCAGCCAAUACCAUUACAGCACUGGGUAAGUAGACUUUUGCUGGCACUGGUUAGCGUUCAGCUGAAGAAAGCUAGGAUACAGACUUUAAUGACCAAGAGCCAGAUAAACUCAAGCUAGAAAUUCAGCAACAAGUACCUCCUUGUGCAAUUUUAACGCGAAGGUAUUAGUUGCAAAAGGCUUACACCUUCACUUCUCUAGUGAGGGGAAUGAGCCUGAUGACAUUAUUACUGUUUACCUGUCAAACCAGGGUGGAAAUUUAGAAGGAUGCGAGUACAGUACGUCUCAUUAAGCAGUCUCUGUUGCUGAUUAUAUGAAGAUAAAAUUGUUGUAUAUGCUGAUCUGUAUGUUAUGUACCUUUUCACAGUGAUUGAAUCAUUGUAAAAACAAAAAGACAAAAAAGAAUCACCACUCUGUCUAUUUUAUGAAGAUGAUAAAGCAGCUUUAUUAAAUUAUUACAGUUAUGUUUUAAAUGGUGUUAUCUGCCACAUUGUUUCCUUUUAUCUGGUGAUUCUCUGUUUCCCCCUUAAAUGUGUUUUCUCUGCUUCAAAAAAUUAAUGCAUUUUAGUAUUAAAGGCUAUUAUGGAAAAUUA